AGGGACUGGAAUCGACAUCCCCGUCCUCCUCCUCCUGAUCGGUGGUGAUGAGAAGAUGUUGAAGCGGAUAGAGGAUGCCACCCACGCUCAGCUCCCCUGCCUCCUGGUGGCUGGCUCUGGGGGCGCUGCAGACUGCCUGGUAGAGACCCUGGAAGACACCCUGGCCCCGGGGAGUGGGGGGUCCAGACGAGGUGAAGCCCGAGAUCGGAUCAGGCGUUUCUUCCCAGAAGGAGACCCUGAGAUCCUGCAGGCACAGGUGGAGAGGGUUAUGACCCAGAAGGAGCUGCUGACGGUCUACUCAUCCGAGGAUGGUGCGGAGGAAUUUGAGACUAUCGUUUUGAAGGCUCUUGUGAAGGGUAAGACUUGAACCCCCAAAUCCUCC